AUGGCGCCGCAGGGAAUGGCAAACGAACAAGAAGAGAGCGCCAAGGGAAGAGAACAGAAAGCAGCGAACGAAGAGCGGAAGCACAAAACGGGAGCAGUCACAGUAGCUGAUGCUGUCGAUGUAUGGGUGCCACACGACUUGACGCAAAAAAACAUUUUUGACCGUAUGGAUGCAUGCGAAUCGCUUCUGAAUCGCAACAAAAUCGACCCGAUUUUGAAGCGGAUGGUGACUGGCGAUGAAAAGUGGAUCACUUACGACAACGUGAAGCGCAAACAGUUGUGGUCGAAAAGCGGUGAAGCUGCCCAGACGGUGGCCAAGCCUGGAUUGACGGCCAGGAAGGUCAUCUGUGUGUUUGGUGGGAUUAGCAGGGAAUCAUCCACUAUGAGCUGCUCCCCUAUGGCCAAACGCUCAAUUCGGACCUGUACUGGACCGCUUGAAUGCAGCACUCAUGCAGAAGAGUCCAUCUUUGAUCAACAGAGGCCGAAUUGUCUUCCAUAAGGACAA